CGUGGAGACGCGCCGCGCUCGCCGGCGGAGCUGCGGGCUGGGUACUGGAGUCCGGUUUCGUGGGCCCUCGCGGCGCGGAGCGGCUGCAGCGGCGCAAUGCUGUGCGCCCGGCGGCUGGGCGGCCUCGGGGCCGGGCUCCGGGGCCGGUGGGUCAGCACCAGCUGGUCCCCGGUGGGCGCCGCCUUCAACGUCCAGCCCCAGGGCCGCCGCCUGGACCUGUUCGGCGAGCGCCAGGGCCUGUUUGGAGUUCCUGAGCUCAGCGCCCCAGAAGGAUUCCGUGUCGCCCAGGAGAAGGCCUUGAGGAAAACGGAGCAGCUGGUGUGCCGCGUGUGCUCUGCGCCUCCUGGGCCCCAGACCGUGCUCAUCUUUGACGAGCUCUCGGACUCCUUGUGCAGGGUGGCCGACUUGGCCGAUUUUGUGAAAAUCGCUCACCCCGAGGCAGCGUUCAGAGAGGCCGCGGAGGAAGCCUGUCGGAGCAUUGGCGCCAUGGUGGAGACGUUGAACACAAAUGUGGAAUUAUAUCAAAGUCUGCAAAGAUUAUUAGCUGAUAAAAAACUUGUGGAUUCCCUUGAUCCAGAAACCAGGCGAGUGGCCGAACUGUUUAUGUUUGAUUUUGAAAUCAGUGGAAUCCAUCUGGACAGAGAAAAGCGUAAAAGAGCGGUGGACCUGAACGUUAAAAUCUUGGAUCUGAGCAGCGCGUUUCUCAUGGGAACCCACUUUCCCAGCAAGAUUGAGAAGCAUCUCCUGCCGGAACACAUUCGGCAACACUUCGAGCUGGCCGGGGACCAUGUGCUGGUGGAUGGUCUGCGUACAGAAGUGCCGGAUGACUUGGUGCGAGAAGCCGCUUAUAAAAUUUUUCUUUAUCCCAAUGCUGGUCAACUGAAAUGUUUAGAAGAAUUGCUCAGCAACAGAGAUCUUCUGGCAAAGUUAGUGGGGUAUUCUACAUAUUCCCACAGAGCCCUCCAAGGAACAAUGGCUAAAAAUCCAGAGACUGUCAUGCAGUUCCUUGAGAAGCUAUCUGACAAACUCUCUGAAAGAACUAUGAAAGAUUUUGAGAUGAUACGAGGGAUGAAAAUGAAACUAAAUCCUCAAAAUUCUGAAUUAAUGCCCUGGGAUCCCCCCUACUACAGUGGUGUGAUUCGUGCAGAGAGGUACGACAGCGAGCCCAGCGCAUACUGCCCGUUCUUCUCCCUGGGAGCGUGCAUGGAAGGCCUGAAUACCUUGUUUAACAGGCUGUUAGGGAUCUCGCUGUGUGUGGAGCAGCCUGCAGAGGGAGAGGUGUGGAGUGAAGAUGUUCGGAAACUGGCCGUGGUUCAUGAAUCUGAAGGACUGCUGGGGUACAUUUACUGUGAUUUUUUUCAGCGACCAGACAAACCGCACCAGGACUGCCAUUUCACCAUCCGUGGGGGCCGAUUAAAGGAAGACGGGGGCUAUCAGCUCCCAGUUGUCGUUCUGAUGCUGAACCUUCCCCAUUCCUCAAAGACUUUGCCAACAUUAUUAACUCCUGGGAUGAUGGAAAAUCUCUUCCAUGAAAUGGGGCACGCCAUGCAUUCAAUGCUGGGACGGACUCGUUAUCAGCAUGUCACUGGGACCAGGUGCCCCACUGACUUUGCCGAGGUCCCUUCUAUUCUGAUGGAGUACUUUGCAAAUGAUUACCGAGUGGUUCACCAGUUUGCCCGACAUUAUCAGACGGGGCAGCCACUGCCCAGAAAUAUGGUGUCUCGUCUUUGCGAAUCUAAAAAGGUUUGUGCGGCAGCAGACAUGCAACUUCAGGUCUUUUAUGCUGCUCUGGAUCAGAUCUACCAUGGGAAGCAUCCCCUGAGGAGCUCGACCACAGACAUCCUCAGGGACACCCAGGAGAAGUUCUAUGGCUUACCGUACGUCCCAAACACUGCCUGGCAGCUGCGCUUCAGCCACCUCGUGGGCUACGGUGCCAAAUACUACUCCUACCUGGUGUCCAGGGCAGUGGCGUCCAUGGUCUGGAGGGAGUGCUUUCUCCGGGAUCCGUUCAACAGGGCGGCGGGGGAGCGCUACCGCCGGGAGAUGCUGGCGCACGGCGGGGGCAAGGAGCCCCUGCUCAUGGUGCAAGGUAUGCUUCAGAAGUGUCCUUCUAUCGAUGACUUCGUAAAUGCCCUUGUUUCCGACCUGGAUAUGGACUUGGAAACUUUCCUCAUGGAUUCUAAAUGAUGGGAACACCGUGAAUCCUUUAAAUCAGUCACGGAGAUAUCAAUUUUGUUGUAAAUGCUACAACUUCGAACGUUUGUUUCUGAUUUCAGCAUUCAAUUCUGUAAUAACUUAUGAAAAACCUCAAACCAGUGGAACUUGGAAUAACUAACUUUUUAAAAUUAUGCUGGCUUUUAGCCUGUUUGGCAGAUUUUUGAACAUAAGGAAAUCCAUUCAGUGAGCGAGUGCACACCAGAACACAGAGGUGUUAGCGUCAGGGGCCAGACACCCUCAGCCCAGCCCCGCUCUUGGUGAGCUUUUCCCUGUCCGAUACCUUUACUUGGUUAGAGACAUAAUAAAAAGCAAAGUUAUUUCCGUUUGAAGCAGCUUCAGAAAGAUUACACAUAUAGUUCCUCUGCGUGAUUUCCUAUAGGUGGCUCUGAAAAUGGAAAGUCAGUUACAGUGACCGAGAAACCAAGUGUGGUUUCCAAAGUGUUUGUAAUCGAUUGUGUUGGCUUUUCCUGUGUGUUUAGGAAUAUACUGUACAGAUGGACUCAGAACAGAGGGCACCUGAACUCACACUUUUCUGACUUGACGAUGAAUAUACAAAAAUAAGUGCAGGUACAAUUAGUAAAUGAUGUGUCAAGUCCAGCAACUGAUAAAUACGGAAACUGGGAUUCAAACCCUGUCUUUAUCCUAAACAUUAUUGCAUACUGUAUCACCAUGUGUUAAUAACAGAAAAGAAAGACACCGUUUAAUAGGCUUUUCACACCUUCAAAGUCAAGAAUUUAAUUACAGGCUUUCAUUUAAAAUGACACCUGCUAGUGGCCUCUUCCUGCUUCUCCCUAAAAGACCAGUGAUGAUGCAAAAAGGCAGGAUUAAAAAUCCCCAAAACUAGGACACAUGUCCAACCUACUCACAGAAUCUGGAGGAAUUUCUACAAGCUAGAAACAGACGAGACAGGAUAAAGAAAUGUCAGUGACGCACGCAUGCCGGGUCCACCUGGAUGCUGGGGUGAGGGGAGGGGCGACCCUCCGUUCUCUCCCCACCUCCUGCCCACACAGGUAACACGCUGUGUGCACCAGCCCGGGAGCCGCGGCCCCGCGAACCUCCUGUGGGGCUUCUGCGUUAGCCACACGAGGCCUGUUCUCCUCUCCCAGCUCCUCCCCGUUUGGCUCUCUCAGUCUGUGAACACGUGGAAACCACAGUGCAGAGAAUCCUUGGGCGGGAAGGAGGGCAGGCCUGCAGCAGUCGCUCCCCCGUGGGAGGUGUGGGGUGAUGCCGCAGGGACAGCCGGAUGCCAGUGCCCAGGGCAGGAGCGGCUGCUUCUGUCCCCACCCACACGGUCUGUGAGCUGAGGGAGGCGACGCUAACUCUCAUCUGGGAAACGGACCCGGAGAAACUGACACCAACCUGCCGUCCGUUACAGGUAAGUCUGAAAAGGUGCUUUAACAGCUCCAGGUGUACCGAGCCACCAGCCCCUGGGCCUUUAUCCUCCCUUUUCAGCUGAGGGUGAGUGAGCAGAAAAGGAAAUCUGUGCGGAGCUUCAGAAAAAGGAAGGGAAGAUGCGGGAAGAUCCCAACUUUGAACACUAUUCUUAAAAGGAACUAAGGCACGCUGUAGAAAACAUCUCUGCCAUUCUUAGUGAAACUUGAGAAAACACGGUAUUUAUGAAGCCGAAAGCCAUAAAGAAAGAACGAGCGGAAAUUUAAAAUAGGCAAAUCUAAAAAAGAAGACAGGCAGAAUAAGAAAAAAAGAAAUGCAGAGAAACUGAAACAUAGUGCAGUGAUUUAAAACAUGAUCAAAGCAGAAAAGACCAAAACUGCCAAGGAGAAAUGAGAAGCAUCUCACUCAGAGUGCAGGUUAAAUUCAGGGACACGGUGAAAACCGGCAGCCAGGAAGCAGUACAGAAUCCCAGGGACAAAGCCAGGACAGCUGGAACAGAAACAGCAACAAAACCCAAAUUCUCGUGUCCUCCUGUGUUCCCAGUGCUCAGAACAGUGACCAGCACACAGUAGGAGCUCUGGUCAAGACAUGCUAGUCAAUGAAUUUAAGGAAACUUUUUUGAGAUGAAAAAAAAUGGAUGUGUAAUUUAAAAGGGAAUCCUUGAUGCUGCCUAACAAUGAGAAUGUGCUUAAUGCCACUGAACGAUAUACAAUUAAAAAUGGUUAAA